AUGUUCUGCAAAUGCUUUUGUGGUUCCAACUCAACUAUAUUUGAAAUACCUGUAGUGGAUCCGAAGCCUUGUGCUAACUGUACAAAGCAGUUUUGUCUUGAUAAUGUCAAGGAUGGUCUAUGUGAUGGUAUUGCAGACGCCACUUGUCCUAGUAAUGACUUCAAGACAGCAUGUUUUGCUCGAGAUUCUUACAAGGAUGAGAUUAUUGUGCGCUCUUUUUUGUUCAUCACACUUGCUUUGAUCUUGUUUAGUUUGAUCAAACCAUGGGUUGAUAAAUGGCGUCGUUCAAGGGCUCAAUAUCAAACAGUAGUUGAUGAUGAACAUGAGUGA